GCAAGCUAACAGCUAGCUGACCCGCGCUAAGCCUCAGCGACUGACUCCGAUUGUGAAUGUCUGUCAGAGGUACAAUGGAGUGACAUUUCGCUGUUCACUUGGAGGGAAUGUCAGAUCAUUAAUCCGGCGCCUCCUGCAUUUUCAUGAGACGGAAAGGUGCUCCACUGAGGAUCCGUCAUCUGUGAAUACAUCCAUGCCCACCCUGAGCAUGAAUAGAGGAGGCAAUAAACAGCUGAACAUUAUGGCUGGUGGCAUCACAGCAAACCUGAUUAAUCCCAGCCACAUCAUUUGCUUCAGCUGCGACCAGAUUUUUGCAAAUAGGAUAUGCCUGGAGGAACACACGUGCUCCUCUGUAAGUUUCAUAUGCUCGUGUGGAACAGAGUUCAAAAAAUAUGAAGACAUGCAGGAGCACAGCACCACACACAACCCAGGGCACCAGGCGCUCGACCAUGAGACUAUAAGGAAGCGCAGGAUAGAGAAACACAUUGAAGAGGAAGAAAAACUGAAACGGUUGCAGAAGGGUGAGGUGGUCUGGAAGGCACCCCAGGUGCAGUGUGUGCCAUCGGGGUCGCUGUCGACAAAGACCCGACUGCAGGUUCCCAACACGUCGGCUCAAGUCCAUCAGCGAUCACAAGUUCCCUUGUCGUCUUCGCAAAUUUCACAAGUGCCUGGGUUGUUCCCCUCUUCAUCACAAGCACCUUUGCUCCCAGCCGCCGCUGCCCCCAAAACGGACAUGCAGAACGUUUUUUCAGAUGUCGGUGCACCAACUGUGGAUCUUUGGACACUUUAUCAGCCGGUUGUAUUGUUGAAAACGGAACGCAUGUUCAACAAAAAGAAGCCAUACACUUGUGGUAAAUGUGGGCAGUGUUUUAUGGCAAAGUCCUCACUCAUCUCCCAUCACAGCUCCCAUGUCACGGAUAAGGUUUCUGGCUGUAUAGGAUGUGGCAUGCUGCUUUCCAGCAAGAAAAUGGUGCCUCGCUUCCAUGUUUGCAACAUGCCAAACAAUAGUACCAAGUUCAGACUCAUCACUGCGAAACCACUGAAUUACAAGCCCCCAAGUGAAGCCAGUGGAGACAAGAGGCAGAGUAUCCUUAUUCCUCAGGCCGCUGCCUCAAACAAGCUCACCAUCGCAAACAGUAAAGGAAGUCAAGUGCGUCAGUUCGCCUCGCCGCAGCUCAGUAAUCCAAAACUGAAAACGUACAGUAAAAGCAACCAGGGGCUCAAUGUCACUCCAACCUUGCUGUUUCAAAAUAAGAAUGUUAAUGCAUCCAAACCUUUUAUUGGUGGUUCCUUUUUAACAAAGAGCCAGAAACCAUAUCCCACUCUGUCCAACCGAAGCAUUCUCGGCCGUACUGCUGCGCCGUCCGUGCAGAUAAAACUGCCCACAAACUCCACGCACAUGUUUAGUCUGCCCUCGCAGUCGACUGCGGGCGGCUUCACGUGCCGCGUCUGUCACAUCCCCUUUGAAACGCCUCAGCUGCUCCAGAGGCACAAGUGCAUCAAGGCACAGGAGUUCAUGGCGCAGCACGUGCGAGUUGGGAAACAACCUUACAAACAAAGGAGGGUGAUGUCGAUGAGCCCAGGUGUGAUGCAGAUGAACGGUGGGACGCGACUUGUUCCACCUCCCGGGAGCAUGAAGACCCCCAUCAGGGCUGCCAGCCUGGACAACGGACAGGGAAGGCUCAACAUCAACGGGAAAAUGGAAGCGGACGGUGACGAUGACUGUUAUAUUGUCGAGAGCGGACCCGACAAACCCGCCGAGAUGAUUUACCAAGUAACCUCAUCUGUCCCGAUUAAGACUUGACAAAACUGCCACGGCCUCUUCAGUUUGCAUGUCACACUUAUGUUAUUGUGGACCAAGUGCAUUGGGAAGCAGCUGUCUCACUUUAACAGCAUCUCCUGUGUUCAGUGCACAGAGAUGCAGUGCUUUCAGUCCUACAGACUCCUUUGGAAACGUAUAGCAGUGUAGAAUAAAUAGUGGUAACAUGCCUUUUGCUUACGCUGGGUUCCUUUUGUCAGUCAACUUUUCAAGAUUGACUUCUCCUAAGUUCAAAGUCCUUUCUCCUGCAGAGUAGAAAGGGUGUACAGAAGUUUUAUGAUCAAGUGUGUGUACAUGGUUUCACAAGUCUUCUGGAGUGACCAGAUACUGUAAAUUUUUUUUUCUUAUGUUUUCUAGUACAUCCGAAUGUGUUGUGAAACUGUGGGGAUUGGCCACAUGACCUUGUGUUUUCUUUUCAGCUUUGUCAGACUUUAAGGAUACAAUAUAUGAUGUAUUAAACUAUAUUUUCAAACUU